AUGGUAUCGAGCUCACUACUAUCAACAGCCAACAAACGACUCAUCCAACCCACCCGAUGGCUCAUCCACAACUCACAAAACAACAUCAUCAUCACUGGAAAUAGCCACAGCAGAACCAACGAGGAGCGACGAUCGUUCUCAGUCAGUCACAUCAUCCAAGCCGGCGGGAAGAACAAGAUCAAAGUAUCCAGCAAGGGCAAGUUCAAAGACCAUAGACUCGGCGGGCCGGGGAUGGAGGAAGCAUUCGACAUCGAGCGCGACCUCGCUAAACCUUUCGCUAUGCAGGAUGUCCCCGCGGUCACUCAUUUGAGAUGGGCGGAGGCGCGGAAACGGUUGAAUAAAUUACGGGCUAUCAAGUUUCAAAUGCCAUCUCUCAUCAAAUACCAGCAACCUUUUGUGCCUCCUCCGCCUGAUGCACAUGUGAUUGUACGGACCCAAGACGACAUGGGCUUCCAUCGCGGAAAGCUAGACUCGCAACGGGCCAACAAGAAAGCGAGCAUCCAAGUGAAUCUGUCCAAGAUCCCGGAGCUGCAGGCCUCGUCUGCAGCGAUGCAUAAGUUCAAACUAUUGAGUGGAAAACGAUGGUUCGAAUCAGAGAUCCGGUCCGAGUUCGACAUGAGUGACCAUCAUGGGGAUCCCCACGGGCUGGUCAAGAUCUCCUGCGACGAUUACUCGACUGCCCAGAUGAAUCAGAAAUGGUGUUCGGAUACCUUAGACCGACUGAUCAAGGAGGCCACUCGACUGGAAGACGCAGACCCGAUGACCGACAUCCCUCUCGACCCCAAACCCACCCUCCAACGCAGACAUCGCAACAAACAUCGGCCCUGGUCCGUCCAGCCGGAUCUUAACACCCAUUUCCCCAAGGAAUGGCUCCCCGACUCCGCCCGAACUCGCCUCGAUUCCGCACAAUCAUCUAAAAAGAAGAUCCUCAUCCAUCAGAAACAGGAGCUCGUUAAACUCGACCAUCAGCUUCGUCAACUCAUCAAGUGGGACGGUAUCGGAAUCGCUCCAGUCGGAUUCUUCAAUAAGUUGGAUCCUUCGGUUAAACUAGAAAUCCAGCAUUUAAUUACUCGACGUAAUCAAAUCAGAGAUCUGUCUAACCAUCUCGAUCGCCAUUAUCUCAAAAACUUUCAGCACACUCAAUCUACUCCUUCUCCUUGA